GAUAGGUUGACGGCUUGGGGGUAUAUGUCUUUUGAUGAAAUUCUGUGGAUAUCCAUUCUUUUGGAAGACGUCCAUAAGAUACUUUUCUUCAAUUUUCCUUAAAGUGAGAGUGUUACAAUGAGUCCUUGCUCUCUUGAAUAGUGUCUAUCAUAUCUAUAUCCCGGAUUUCAUCCAGAAAAUAACACCCAAACGGUUUUUACUAGGUUGCUAGUGGUAAUGUACAACUUAAAAUGAGGAUAAUUAUAUGAAAGAAGGGACAAGAAGCUUCUAAAACAAAACACUCUGAUCAGAUCUCUCUCCCUCACUCUCUAUAUCGUUUCAUUUAAUUCUGUCGGCGUCAAGUUGAACUGUGUACCUUGAUAGAGACUAAUGUAAUCCUUCUGAAUAGCUAACUGGCUAGAGAUGAAGUAGUUUAGGCUGUUGAAUUCGAGUGUUUGCGUCGGUGGCACAGUGGUUAGGACUCUCGCCGACCAUGCUCAUGGUCAGGAGUUCGAUCCCCUGCCGACGCACACCUGGUAUCAACGGUCGGCCUGCAAAAUUUGGGCUACCGAUAUCACAUGCUGAAAAUUCCAUACUUGUACCAAAAAUACUGUGUGGAAUCAAGCUGUAAUCAAAAAUAAAAAAAAACUAGAGUACUCUCUCUCUCCGUCUCCCGCUGUCUUCAAAAAGGUCUGACUAGUGAUCGUAUAGUUAGACAAUCUUGAUUACUUGUGACGGCUUGUCAUUCAUUUUCUUGUUUUAAUUAGAAGUACCCAGGGGUAAGUCAGGUAAAAUUUUACAGUAAGUCAACUUUGUUAAUUUCAAAAUCAUAUGCAAAUUUGUUUUCUCAAACUGUAAACAAUAGACAUCAGUCUACAUUCUAUUCAGGUAUGCAUCAUUGAAAUUACCAAAAUUAAUUAGCUUAUAUUAUUCUUAAAAGAAUGGGUACUGAACAAAGAAUACUCUUUUCAAUAAAUACAGUUAUAUAUACAUUAUAGUGAAUGAAUGAAUGAUUUAGUGUUAUGAACAACAUUAAUGUUUAACCUCGCCAGAUACUAGCUUGUUAGGCUACUAGCUUACUAGUUUUCUCGCCGGUCCCAAGCCCGGGUAAAGAGGGAGGGUUGGGGCGUGGUGCUAGCAACUCCACCCCUGUAAAACAACCAAAUCGCUACAGAAACUUCAACGAAUAAAUAUAUUAAAAAUUCUAAAAACAUAAGCAAUAGCCUUACUUUUCGCUGGAAUCGGGGAAGUGAAAUGACGCAGGCUGGUGAAAGCCUUCGGGAAGCCAGUCAGCCGAUGUGCCUUCUUUCGAUGAAAGCAAAAGUAAGGAUGGGUACCUGGAAUGUUCGCACAAUGUACGAAACUGGAAAGGCUGCCCAGAUAGCCGCUGAAAUGAGAAGGUACAGAAUAGAAGUGUUGGGAAUCUGCGAGAGCAGAUGGAACGGAACUGGAAGGUGCCAACUACCUACUGGAGAGACAGUAAUCUUUUCCGGCCACCCAGAGGACAACCAUGAGCACACCGAGGGAGUGGCCAUCAUGAUGUCACCAACAGCAACCAAAGCUCUCAUGCAGUGGGAACCAAUCUCCUCCAGGAUAAUGACAGCCAGGUUCAACUCAAAAGGAAGGAAAGUUACAGUCAUUCAAUGCUAUGCGCCUACAAACGUCUCAGAACAAGAGAAGAAGGAGGCGUUCUACAGACAACUACAAGCAAUAAUGGACAACGUCCCAAAUGGCGAUAUCAAAAUCCUGAUGGGCGACAUGAAUGCGAAGCUGGGAGGAGACAACACAGGAAGAGAACUCACCAUGGGUCGUGAGGCCCUCGGCGAAAUGAACGACAAUGGUGAACUCUUCUCAGACUUCUGCGCCUUCAAUGAUUUGGUGAUUGGCGGUAGUGUGUUCAAACACAAGGAUAUACACAAGACGACAUGGAUUUCACCAGAUGGAAACACCAAAAACCAAAUAGACUUCAUCUCAAUUUCAAGAAAGUGGAGACGGAGCCUACUGGACACAAGGUCAAGGAGAGGAGCAGAUGUGGGUUCAGACCACUAUCUAGUACAAGGGACUUUCAAGGUGAAACUAAAAGCCUCGAGGAUAGCUGGGGAUAGGCCACAAUGCAAGUUCAACACUCAAAAACUGAAGGACACAACCACAAAAGACACUUUCACUGCAACUGUCAGAGCAAAGCAGGAAACACUACGCGACAUCACUGAAGAAUCAUGCGUGGAAGAACAUUGGAAGUCUCUGAAGGCGAUUCUCAACGAAACGUGUUCAACGGUUCUAGGAAGAAAGAAGAGACAAGACAAGGAAUGGCUCUCAACGGACACUUGGAAAUUAAUAGAAGAGAGGAGAAUGGUGAAAGAGAAAAUGAUUCAAUGCAAGGACGGACAGGAGAAGGAGACGCUGAGCUCAACUUACAAAGCACUGGACAAAGAAGUGAAGAAGAGUGCUAGGAAGGACAAAAGACGAUUCUACGACAACCUCGCCACUGAAGCUGAGAAGGCAGCAGGCAAAAGGGACCUGAGGACACUAUAUCAGAUAACCAAAUCUCUAUCCGGGAAGAGAUCAACACAAGCGAAACCUAUAAAAGACAGCCAAGGGAACCCAAUUACCAAGGAAGAAAAACAGAUUAAACAAUGGGCGGAUCACUUCAAAGGACUCUUGAACCGACCAUCACCUGCAACCCGUCCAGAAAUACCAACAACAGCGCGCACACAACUGCAAGUUGACACCAAUCCUCCAACGAGAGCUGAAGUCUUGAACGCAAUCAAGCUUCUGAAAGCUGGAAAAGCAGCCGGACCAGAUGGAAUACCCCCUGAAGCACUGAAAGCGGACCCAGAGACUACAGCAGACAUGCUGACUCCAUUAUUGCAAAAGGUCUGGAAGGAGGGAAAGGUGCCUACUGACUGGAGGAAAGGUUACCUCGUGAAACUACCAAAGAAGGGCGACUUAGGACUCUGCAAGAACUGGCGAGGAAUCAUGCUCCUAUCGACGCCAAGUAAAAUCCUGAGUCGCAUCAUCCUGGAGAGAUUAAAGGACGCACUGGAGACAGAACUCCGACCAGAACAAGCUGGAUUCAGGAAAGGCAAAUCAUGUACUGACCAAAUUGCAACUCUACGCAUCAUCAUCACAGAACAAAGCAUGGAAUGGCGAUCAAACCUCUACCUCAACUUUAUAGACUUUGAGAAGGCCUUCGACAGCGUUGACCUUGAAGUAAUUUGGAAAUUACUCGAGUACUAUGGCGUACCCCAAAUAUUCAUCAACCUUAUUCAACAGCUGUACGACAACGGCACAUGUCAAGUGAUCCACAACGGAAGACUCAGCGAGGCGUUUGGAGUAAACACAGGAGUCAGACAAGGGUGCUUGCAUUAUCACCAAUGAUAUUCCUAAUUGUGGUGGACUGGAUUAUGCGUCAGACAGUGGGAAACGAGAAGACAGGGAUAUCCUGGACCGACGUGAAGAACCUAGAAGACCUGGAUUUCGCGCGUGGAUGACUUAUGUUUGAUGUCACACACAAUCGAAGACUUACAAGCGAAAACCGACAAACUGGUCGAAGAAGCAGCCGGUGAAGACAGGACUCCAGGUGAACAUAGACAAGACGGAGGUUAUGAAAAUAACCAACCAACAACAACAGCAGCACAGCAACAUCCAACGUCAAUCACCAUCAACGGGAGGGAUUUGAAAGAGGUUACUUCAUUCACUUCACUUAUCUAGGGAGCAUUGUCUCAACUACAGGAGGAGCGGACGAGGAUGUCAAAUCGAGCGAGAAUCGGGAAGGCGAGAAACACAUUCAUCAACCUGAAACCAAUCUGGAAAUCUUCGUCACUCAACAUCAACAACAAAAUUCAGUCGAUUUUCAACAAAAACCGUCAAGUCAGUCAGCUCUUCUAUACGGAUCAGAAACUUGGCGGGCGGUCACAAAGAAUAUUUCCAACAGCCUGUUGCAGACCUUUAUUAACAACUGUCUUCGCUCAAUACUGAAGAUCAGAUGGCCAGAAAGAAUCACCAACAAGGAAUUAUGGGAACAAACAAAGCAAGAACCAAUCGCCCAACAAAUAUGCAGGAGAAAGUGGAGAUGGAUCGGACACUCGCUGAGGAGACCGCUGGGUGACAUCGCGCGCCAGGCCCUCGAGUGGAACCCGAAAGGGAAGCGGCGUGUGGGACGUCAGUGCAAGGGUGACAUGGAGGAGAUCGUGUGAAGAGGAGUUGAAAGAAUAUGGACUAACAUGGAUGCAGGCGAAAAGUACAGCAGAAGACAGAAGCAAAUGGAGACGUGCAGUUGAAGCCCUAUAAUCCACUAGGAAUCCAUGGGAGUAAUAAUAAUAAUAAAUAGCAUUGAAUCAAUAAUAUUGAUAGAUUACAGCUCAGUAGCAUCAACAUAAAAUAAGCUGAAUGUCAGACAGACAAAUUAAGAAAGAUAAUAUUACAAAUUCAUGAAUUUCUAGUCUCUACUGAAGGCCGACUAGGGCAGUAGUAGGGUUGGACUUGCCCCUUUUGAACACAGACCACUGGUUAUUUGGGGCGAAUCGCAAUAGCCUGUGCUGUUUGGAGCAUGCAGUGCUUCGAUGAUUUUGCCAAUUUAUUAGGCACCCGGUAAAUUAUAGAGAAGGAUUCUUCCACGCUGGCUGGCUUUGUGGCCGGCCGGUUUGCACCAGAUGGUCUAAUAUCGAACUGUUAAUGGUUUUCUCUACAGCUUUUCUUAUUCAUAGUGGGAGAUGUUCUCGAGAGAGCAGAAAAAAUCAAGUUCCAAGAGCAACGGCCACUAACUUGAAGCCCUAUGUUCCACUGGGGAACGUGAAGGAAGAAAAUGUUUCAACACCUGAGAGUAAUGAAUUCAAUAAUGUAUGUCCUAACUUUCCUUCCAGAUUUCUCCUUUCUUCUUUUUUGAAAAAAUCACCCACUACAUUUUUAUCUGUUCCCCUCUUUGUUUUAG